AUUAAAUUACGUAGAGGCUUUCAGGUAGUGGACUUUAAACAGAGGUAGAGGGUCAGGUGACGCAGACAGCGCUCUUCUUCCUGGAAGGAAACAAAGGAACUGCAAAAAUGGCGAAAUUCUUCACACAAGUUCAAAUCAAUGAGUUCAAGGAGUGCUUUUCUUUGUAUGACAAGAAGCAAAAGGGCAAGAUUGAUGCCAAAGAUGUGAUCACAGUUAUGCGCUGCCUGGGUACAAGCCCCACGUUUGGUGAAAUUGAAAGACAUCUGCAAGUUCACAAAAUUGAAAAGACAGGUGAGCUGGACUUCUCCAUGUUCCUGACAAUGAUGCACAGACAGAUACAACAGGAAGACCCCAAGACAGAAAUCUUGCAGGCCUUGAGGAUGACAGACAAGCAGAAGAGAGGCUACAUCCAGGCAUCUGAGCUCCGAGCCAAACUCACCAUGUUAGGAGAGAAACUCACAGACAAAGAAGUGGAUGAGCUCUUCAAAGAAGCAAAUGUGAAGUCAAACGGGACUAUCAACUAUGAGGACUUCACCCAGAUGGUGACGCUGCCACCUGUUGAUUACUGAUUCUUCAAGGAAAAAACCACGGCCAUGGAUGGGGAUUGACUUUACAUACUGACUGCAGUACGUAAUUAAAUCUACAUGAAGACCAGUUCUGUUCUGGCAGACUUUUGAGACUGAAAACUUCACUUUGUUUUUUUCCCUCAUGAUUAUUCACUGAUUAUUUUAUUAAAAGCGGAAUCUGUUUCCUCCAACUCUU